CGUUGACGUGCAAUGAUGUGUGAGACCAACUGCACGCGAAUGACCGGAUAACAAGAUCCGAAACACGAUGCGUGCCAAGCAAUCCCCAGAACUCCGGUCCAGGCUCAUUUCUCUUUCCUUCGUAUGCCCUCAAGUGGUAGUGCUAUGUGGGGCAUCUCCACCGCCUCUGACUUUGGGAUGAAGUCGUCUGACUUUCAAGACCUAUGCUGUGCCUCCAUUCAAAAGCUUCGAAAUCGUCAAGAUGCGCUUCACUGCUACAUUCGCCCUUCCCCUCCUCCUGUCCAGCGUGACAGCGUUCGUCAUUCCCCAGGGCCAGGCUGAUGGCGCCUACUCCGUGCAACUAGACAGCCGCGGCAACGAAAUCCACGCGCGCCUCUCCGACGCACCAGAAAUCAGCGUCCGCGAAGCCAGCCCUCUAGUCGCCCGCGCAGUACAGUCAUACUGCGGUUGUGGAAUCGGUCUCAACGCCGGUGAUACUGACGCCGCCAACGCUGAUCUCGUGAGUCAGCUCGGACGAGGCAGCAACAUCGGUGCGCAUCUUGCGUACUAUUCGAAACGUGGUGGCGUAGUAGCAUUCGCAUGCAACUUGUCCGGCGGAACGAAGCUCUUUGCUGGGGAUGCCAUCGGCCAAAACAAUGCUCAAAUAACUGCUUCAUGUGGCCGCUACAUUGCUGGCUCUCGUGGAGAGCCUGGGAACUGGGCGACGGGAUACAUGAGGACUAGCGAAAAUGGCGGGAACUUCUGCGGCGCUGCUUUGAGCUCAGGCGCCCACAAUUGCUAGAGCAGGGACGUUGUGGACCGUUGUAAGUCUCGAGGAGCAAGGAGACGGGGAAGGGCGUGGAGUGCGGAACUGCAUCGUUAUCCCUAAUGGGAUAUCCGGACGUGGAUGAGCAAUAGCCAUAGCGCAAGCAGAUAAGUAAUCUAUCAUAAGCAUGCCACCUCGGAUGAAUAUUGCAGUGAUGAAUGAGAACAAGAAGUGAAUGUGGGCAAGAACGCAGUGUCAAGAG